GAUUGGCCGCCCCAUAUGCCAAUCAGUCCGGCAGCGCCGCCCUCCCCGCGGCGUGCGCAUGCGCGGUGCGGGAGCGCCGGUGGAGGUUUCGUUCCAGAGAAGUUGCAUCCUGGUUUCUGUAUGAAUGUCCCAGGUUUAUUUCACUCUGCAUUCUUACUGAGAGCGGUGCAAACACCACCAUGGGCACGGUGGCUUCUGAGGAAGCAGCAGCUCUCUCUGCCCAGCCUUCCCUUGCUUCAGGCAGCAAGAAAAAACAACUCUUUGAAUCUCCUUGAACUAAAUGAGGCAGAGUUGGAAGAACAGUUUGUGAGAGGUGAUGGCCCAGGAGGUCAAGCCACAAAUAAGACAAACAACUGUGUUGUCCUGAAGCAUAUUCCAUCUGGGAUUGUAGUGAAGUGUCAUCAGACAAGAUCAGUGGAGAAGAACCGAAAGAUUGCCAGAGAAAUCCUGCAGGAAAAAGUUGACCUUUUCUACAAAGGUGAAGACAGUGAUGUUUUUAAAGAGAAGAAAACAUCAGAGAAGCAAAAGCAGGAGAAAAAAAGAAGAGCAAAGGAAAACCUAGAAAGGAAAAAGCUUUUUAAAGAGAUGCAACAAUUGGAUAAGGAAUAAACAUGUGAAAUAUUGCCUUGCC